AAUGGCGGGACAAUCUUGAGGAUUAACGGCAGUCUCAAAGAAAUGACGGCACGGUGGACUGAAGAAGAGUGGAUCAAUAAUCGUCGAAUAGUCAAGUUCGAAAAAUUUCAAGAUGGAGAGAUCUUGAAUGUCGACUUUAAAGCAGUUCCAGUAAAUGAGAUUCCAGCCAAUAGCAUCUGUAUCUCAUGCAUUUGGUGGGAUACAUUCUCCGACUGCUACCUUACACACUUUGAUGCCAUGUACCUACUUGAACAGCUUAUGGGGGCACCUGGCCGCUUUUCUGUCGAGAGGAAGAACCGCCUCCGCCGCAAUCUCGAGGGUUUUCAUCCUGUAACAAUUUCAAAGACGAAUCCUCACAAUUCAGGACUUUUCAAAACUGUCAUGGCCUUUGGCUAUCCCAGACCCAGGGACAUAGAAGGGGAUUUUAGAGUGCUCCCCUGGAAUUGUCUCGAACCAAUGCUCAGAAAGAUGAUUGGAAAGUAUAAAUUCAUUCCGUUUGGAAUAUACAAUGAUAUCUUUCGGCGAGAAAGGGGACAACAUGCCGAUGAUACUCCAGUCGCUUUUUCCAAAUUGCCAGAGAUUCUUGUUGAUAGGCCUGGGAUCUCUUUACCAUGGUUGAGAUACUGUGUUCAACAUUGCGAAGGAUUUGGAUGUGGAUGAAGAUGUUCGAGAGACUUUUGGG